UGCACGCCGGGACGGCAGCGCGCGCCGCGGCCGGGAGGAGGCGGAGGAGCCAAGAUGGACGCCGGGUUCUUCCGCGGAACCAGCGCAGAGCAGGACAAUCGCUUCAGCAACAAGCAGAAGAAGCUGUUGAAGCAGUUGAAGUUUGCAGAAUGCUUAGAAAAGAAGGUGGACAUGAGCAAAGUAAAUCUGGAAGUAAUCAAACCAUGGAUAACAAAACGAGUAACAGAAAUCCUUGGCUUUGAAGAUGAUGUAGUAAUUGAAUUUAUAUUCAACCAGUUGGAAGUGAAGAACCCAGAUUCCAAAAUGAUGCAAAUCAACUUGACUGGUUUUUUGAAUGGGAAAAAUGCUAGGGAGUUCAUGGGAGAACUGUGGCCACUGCUAUUAAGUGCACAAGAAAACAUUGCUGGUAUUCCAACUGCAUUUCUGGAACUGAAGAAAGAAGAAAUCAAACAACGACAGAUAGAGCAGGAGAAACUGGCUUCCAUGAAGAAACAAGAUGAAGACAAAGAGAAGAGAGAUAAGGAAGACAAAGACAACAGAGAGAAAAGAGACAGAUCCAGGAGUCCAAGAAGACGCAAGUCCCGCUCUCCCUCCCCUCGGCGGCGGUCGUCUCCCGUGCGCCGCGAGCGGAAGCGCAGCCACUCGCGCUCCCCCCACCACCGCACCAAGAGCCGCAGUGCCACCCCUGCCCCCGAGAAGAAAGAGGCCACUCCUGAGCCAGAGCCCUCCGUGAAACCAAAGGAGACUGUUGUGCAAGAGGCAGCUUCAAACAGUGAUAUCCCAAAAGCUCCUAAACCUGAACCACCUGUACCAGAGACUAAGGAAACUUCACCAGAACGUAAUUCAAAGAAGGAGAGGGAGCGGGAGAGGGAGAGGGAGAAGGAGAAGGAGAAGACUCGUCAGAGAUCCCCGUCUCGGUCCAAGUCCAGGUCAAGGUCCCGGUCCCGUUCUCCGUCUCAUUCUCGACCCAGAAGGCGCCAUAGAUCACGGUCAAGAAGGCGACCCAGCCCGCGGCGCCGGCCGUCCCCGCGCAGGAGGAGCCCGCCCCGGAGGAUGCCUCCCCCACCCAGGCACAGGAGGAGCAGAUCCCCCGUCAGGCGGAGACGACGCUCCUCGGCCUCGCUGUCCGGCAGCAGCUCCUCCUCAUCCUCGUCGCGCUCCCGCUCUCCACCAAAGAAGCCUCCCAAGAGACCCGUGUCCAGCCCCCCCCGCAAAACGCGCCGGCUGUCGCCCUCCGCCAGCCCCCCCCGGCGCCGCCACCGGCCCUCGCCCCCCGGCAGCCCCCCGGCCAAGCCCCGCCGCUCGCCCACCCCCCAGCAGUCCAACCGCGCCCGCAAGAGCCGCGGCUCCGUCUCCCCCAGCAGGGCUUCAGCACCCAAACACAAGAGUACUGAGAAAAGAGAGUCUCCUUCGCCAGCACCCAAGCCCAGGAAAGCAGAAUUGUCGGAAUCAGAAGAAGACAAAGGAGGCAAAAUGGCUGCAGCAGAUUCUGUCCAACAGAGGCGCCAGUACAGGAGGCAAAAUCAACAGUCUUCAUCUGAUUCUGGUUCUUCGUCUUCCUCAGAAGAGGAGAGGCCCAAGAGGUCGAACGUGAAGAACGGGGAGGUGGGCAGGCGCCACCGGCACUCGCACUCGCGCAGCCCCUCGCCCCGCAAGCGCCAGAAGGACUCCUCGCCUCGCAGGAGGAGGAGGAGCCCCUCGCCGCCCCCCGCGCGCCGGCGCCGCUCCCCUUCCCCGGCGCCCCCGCCCCGGCGCCGCCGCUCCCCGUCCCCGCCUCGCCGAAGGUCUCCAUCACCGCCCCCGCGCAGACGUUCUCCCUCUCCGCGGAGAUACUCGCCCCCGAUCCAGAGGCGAUAUUCCCCCUCUCCCCCUCCCAAGAGGAGAACGGCUUCUCCUCCUCCCCCUCCCAAAAGAAGGGCCUCCCCUUCCCCCCAGUCCAAGCGCAGAGUCUCCCACUCCCCACCGCCAAAACAGAGGAGCUCCCCCUCUGCCAAGCGGCGCUCCCCUUCCGAGUCUUCCAAGCACAGGAAGGGGUCUCCUCCCAGCAGAUCCAACAGGGAAACGCGUUCUCCACCCCAAAACAAAAGGCAUUCACCUUCACCACGGCCUCGAGCUUCCCACCCCUCCUCCAGCCCCGCGCCGCCGCGCCGGGGAGCGUCGGCGUCGCCGCAGAGGAGGCAGUCACCCUCACCCAGCAGCAGGCCCAUCAGGAGGGUGUCCAGAACGCCAGAACCCAAGAAAACAAAGGCUUCCACCCCCAGCCCCCGGCGCGUGUCCUCGUCCCGCUCUGCGUCAGGGUCGCCUGAGACGGCUCCCAAAAAACACCCAGGACCUGCAUCUCCUGCCCGCUCUCGCUCUCCUUCUGCAAACUGGUCACCUGCAAAAAAGGCCAAGAGCCCAACUCAGAGCCCAUCACCUGCCAGGAAUUCAGAUCAAGAAGGUGGUGGCAAGAAGAAGAAGAAAAAGAAGGAUAAGAAGCAUAAAAAGGAUAAAAAGCACAAGAAACACAAAAAGCAUAAGAAGGAGAAGGCAGCAGCAGCUGCAGUGGCUGCUGCUGUGGCUCCAGCAGACACCACCUCAGCACAGGGAGAGCAGGAAGCAGAGACAGAACCCAAAAAGGAGACAGAAAGCGAACCCGAGGACAACCUGGAUGACCUCGAAAAGCACCUGCGGGAGAAGGCCCUGAGGUCCAUGAGGAAGGCGCAGGUGUCCCCCCCCUCCUAGGCCAACCCUUUGAUAUAAUGUACAUUUUAUUUGGUUUGUACUCAGAAUUCAAUUUCAAAUUGCUAAAUGUGUUUGAGCUUUAGAAUAUAACAUUUGUUGUAAUAAUUGCUAGGUUGAGGUUCACCAUGUACAAAGGGCAUGGAUUUACAUUACAAAAGGUGUCCACAGUGUACUAGUGACAUUCUUUCAUUGACAGUCAGCAUAAUUUCAUUUAGAGUGAGACUUUUUAGAAGCAGUAGGAAUUUGUUUUGGAGGUUUGAAACAUGACCGUCAGUUCCCUCAUUUCUUUGAAAUCCAGCAGAGCCUUGAGCAGAAUUUGUGAGGGGCUCAUUUGACUUCUUUUGUAUCACUUACAUGAUGCUACUAACCUUUGUGGUUUGUAGGCUUGCCCAGGAGUAAAACCACUGCAGAAUUCAAGGAAGUACAUCUCUAUUUUAAUGCUUUCUACUGUUGCCUGUAUAGUCUCCAUUAAAGCCAAUCAAGAAUAGCAAUUUAGAGUGGUACAUAAAUGAAAGCAUGUUGUUUACCAGGACACUGUGGGUUUAUAUUGAUGUAACAUGUUGAUUUGGAACACUGGAAUUUCAUUUGUAUUUUUAUGUUCUUUUUUUAAAGGGCAGUUUCCAUGAUCAGCAGACCCAGAAAAAAAAAUAAUAAUUCCUUCAGUUCCAUAAAUUUUGUUUGUGAGCUGUCGUUGCCCCAUUCAUAAAUCUUGUCUCGUUACGGUUCUUCGGAAUGGUCUGAGCAACUUUCAGAGCUGUGUUCUUUGAAAGUUUAGAGGAACCUGAACUUUGGAUAUUGUCAUGUUUUCACUGUUCUUUGUUUUUGUUUUUUUAACUAAAGCUAUAUAAAGCUUGUGGAUUAAACAAAAUAAAUUUCUAAAUUUAAACAGA